UUGUAGAAUAAUGAAAUCUACAAAACGCCCAAUUAACGAUUUGGCGGUUAAUGCCCGGAGGGCAGCGGCAUUCCCAGGUGUCGGGGAGCUCCAUUGAUUUUGAUUGUCGUCUGAAUCAAAACGCACGCUCGGGGAAACAACACUGGAUCUAGGGUUUUCAGGUCUCUUAUAAUAAGAUCUUCCCCUUUUGUAUUCAGUUUUCACAUUUGAUUCCCGCCAGAGCAAAUGGGAGUGGUGAUUGAGACCGUUGUGUGGGAGCCCAACCCUGCACUCUACAUCUUCCUCUUCGCAUCAUCUUUACUGUCAAUUUUAUGUUUCCCCGUCAACUCUAACCCCAGAACUUCCAAUGUCCUCGACCAUUCAAUCUCGCCUUCCCUCUCUCGCUUCCGAAGAAACUUCAUUUUCUUAUUUUCCAUCUCUUCAGUGAUGGAGGGCUUGUGGGCUGUGUUUGGGGAGUAUGAAUUGACAUAUUAUGGAGUUAGCAAGGACCAGAUGCUACUAUCGCUGUGUAUUGGAUGUGUGGCUGUUCUCUUUGUUGGCUCCUUUUUGGGGAUACUGUCAGAUUUGAUUGGUCAAAAGAAAGUGUGUUUGUUAUUUUUCAUGCUGCACCUCUUUGUUGCCAUUUGGAAGAGGGUUAAUGCAAAUCCUAGUGUUUGGAUUACCAGUAUCUGCCUCUCUCUUGCCUCUUCAAUUUUCUUCUUCAAUUUUGAGACAUGGAUGGUAGUUGAGCAUGAAAAGCAAGGGCUGAGGCAGGAUAUGUUAAAUGAAAUGUUUUGGUUAAUGUCCUUGGUUGAAUCUGCAUCGUUCAUUGGUAGCCAAGUGCUUGGGAACUGGCUCAUUGCUGGUAAUGCAGAGUCAAUUACACAUUCUCUUCCCGUUGCAGCUGCAAUACUGGCAAUUGUUGCUUUAAUAUAUGCUAGUCGAGGAUGGAAAGAAUCAACACAAACUUCUGAAUAUAAAAAUUAUCAAAUCAAAUUCCAUACACUCUUCGCUGAUAGAAGAAUAUGGCUGCUUACAUGGGUGCAAGCUUGUGUUCAUUUCUCAAGUGCUGUAUUUUGGAUUCUCUGGGCUCCAACUAUGGUGGCUGAUGGGAGAGAGAUUUUGUUAGGUCUGCUAUACCCUUGUUUCCUUGGUGCGAGAAUGCUAGGCAGCACUGCAUUUCCAUGGUUCAAUGGGCCAUUAUCACUUCGAACUGAGGAAUACUUAGUAUACAUUUUUAUUGUUAUGGGCUCUGUUCUAUCCAUUGUAGCUUUUGACUACCAGGAAAUUGAAGCUCUUUUGAUACUAUUCUGCGUAUUCCAUGCCUGUGUAGGACUGGUUUUGCCAUCACUUGCCAGAUUAAGAACCAUGUUUGUACCAAAUGAACUCCGUGCAGGAAUGAUGAGCUUAUCUCUGUUUCCAUCAAAUGCUGCACUCUUGUUCUUUCUGGUGCAGCGAAGUUAUAGCCAUAACCUUGGAAAUUCAACCAUUAUAGCGGCGGGUGCUCUUGGACUUUUCACUGCAGCCGGUUGCAUGUAUAUGUUAAAGCGGUUGGGGAAGCAACUUCAUCGAGACUGGCAUAAGUCAUGAUUCUGCCUUUGGAUAUUAUCGUUCAUCCAAGCAGGUGGAUUGUUAAUAAUCCACAAUUCGGAGACGAAAUUUUUUCAUUCUGAAACCUGUGAAGCAUUAGAUUCCUUUGUGAAUUGUGGAUCUCAGAGGAAUCAUGCAAAUGUUCAUUGUGGGCACUGGUCUACUUAAAAAGUUUGAAGAGGAGAUGAAUACUUCUUACAGCCAGAAUUCAUACAGAUAAAGCUACCUUUGCUGUAAUUAUAGUUAGUAGGUCUUGCACAGGUCAAAAGAAGUAUUAAACAGAAGAAGUUAUGUAUUUACUAUUUACCACUGAUACUAUUAUUUUGUUCAUUGGAAUGAGGAUGCAUUUUUGUGAGAAAA